AUGGGACUACCUGCUUUGGAAUUUAGUGACUGCUGCUUGGACAGCCCCCAGUUCCGAGAGAGGCUGAAAUCUCAUGAAGCUGAGCUGGACAAGACCAACAAAUUCAUCAAGGAGCUGAUCAAAGAUGGGAAGUCGCUCGUUGCAGCACUCAAGAAUUUGUCUUCAGCAAAGCGGAAGUUUGCAGAUUCCCUAAAUGAGUUUAAAUUCCGAUGUAUAGGAGAUGCAGAAACAGAUGAUGAAAUAUGCAUAGCAAAAUCCCUGCAAGAAUUCGCCACUGUUCUCCGGAAUCUCGAAGAUGAGCGAAUGCGCAUGAUUGAGAAUGCUGGUGAGGUCCUGAUCACUCCACUGGAGAAAUUCCGCAAGGAGCAAAUUGGUGCUGCUAAGGAUGCCAAGAAGAAGUACGACAAGGAGACGGAGAAGUAUUGCGGUGUCUUGGAAAAGCACUUAAACUUGUCUUCUAAGAAGAAAGAAUCACAACUUCAAGAGGCAGACAGCCAGGUGGACCUGGUUCGACAGCAUUUUUAUGAAGUCUCCCUUGAGUAUGUCUUCAAGGUGCAAGAAGUCCAGGAGAGGAAGAUGUUUGAAUUUGUGGAACCUCUGCUGGCGUUCCUGCAAGGGCUCUUCACAUUCUACCAUCAUGGCUAUGAACUCGCAAAGGACUUCAGCGACUUCAAGACAGAGCUGACAAUCAGUAUACAGAAUACUAGAAAUCGUUUUGAAGGAACCCGGUCGGAGGUUGAGUCCUUGAUGAGGAAGAUGAAGGAGAAUCCCGAGGAGCACAGGAACAUCAGCCCUUUCACAAUGGAGGGCUAUCUCUAUGUCCAGGAGAAACGUCACUUUGGAACCUCCUGGGUGAAGCAUUACUGCACGUAUCAGAGGGAAUCUAAACGAAUCACUAUGGUACCAUUUGACCAGAAAUCUGGAGGAAAAGGGGGAGAAGAUGAAGCAGUUACACUCAAAUCCUGCAUACGCCGAAAAACUGACUCAAUAGAGAAGAGGUUUUGUUUCGAUGUGGAAGCAGUGGAUCGGCCUGGUGUGAUCACCAUGCAAGCACUUUCUGAAGAGGACCGAAAGCUUUGGAUGGAGGCUAUGGAUGGCCGGGAACCGGUCUACAACUCGAACAAAGACAAUCAAAGUGAAGGCACUGCCCAGUUGGAUAAUAUUGGAUUUAGCAUUAUCAGGAAAUGCAUAAAUGCUGUCGAAACAAGAGGGAUCAAUGAGCAAGGGCUCUACCGAAUUGUUGGAGUAAACUCCAGAGUUCAAAAGCUAUUGAGUAUCUUAAUGGAUCCCAAAACAGCCUCUGAAACAGAAACAGACAUCUGUGCUGAGUGGGAGAUAAAGACUAUCACCAGUGCACUGAAAACUUACUUGAGAAUGCUCCCUGGACCGCUCAUGAUGUACCAGUUUCAAAGAAGCUUCAUCAAAGCAGCAAAGCUGGAGAAUCAGGAAUCCAGAAUCUCAGAGAUCCACAACCUUGUUCAUCGGCUCCCAGAAAAAAACAGACAGAUGCUGCAGAUGCUCAUGAACCACUUGGCAAAUGUUGCUAAUAAUCACAAACAGAAUCUAAUGACUGUUGCUAAUCUGGGUGUGGUAUUUGGACCAACGCUGCUUCGACCACAAGAAGAAACUGUUGCAGCGAUUAUGGACAUCAAGUUUCAGAAUAUUGUGGUUGAGAUUUUAAUAGAAAACCAUGAAAAGAUUUUUAACACUGUACCGGAGACGCUACCACCAAACUCGCAGCUGCUGCUACUAUCUCAUAAGAAGAAUACUGAUUCAAAGCCUCCUUCCUGCAGUGAAAGACCAUUAACACUCUUCCACACGGCACAGGCCAAUGAAAACCAGGAGACAAGAAACAGUAUAAUCAACUCCAGCCUGGAAUCUGUCAUCUCUUCAAAUGUCAACAGCUUCCUCCACUCCAACAGCACUCUCCGACCCAGCCUGAACUCAAGUGACCCUGACCUAGAAGUAAUUAAACCUAGUCGGCCAAACUCGCUCCCUCAGAAUCCAAGCCCAACAUCACCCCUUUCACCGUCCUGGCCCAUGUUCUCUGCGCCAUCAAGUCCUAUGCCCACCUCCUCUACGUCCAGCGACUCAUCCCCCAUAAGCUCACCAUUCCGGAAAGCCAGAGCCUUGUAUGCUUGCAAAGCAGAACAUGACUCAGAGCUCUCCUUCACAGCAGGCAUCAUAUUCGAUAAUGUUCAUCCAUCUCAGGAGCCUGGCUGGUUGGAAGGAACCCUGAACGGGAAGACAGGACUAAUCCCUGAAAACUACGUGGAGUUCCUAUAACUUUGGGCACAGAAGCAACACUGCUAAGCUUUACAUGGUAUCCAUGAAAACUGCUGAUUAGAGUGUUGUAGAUCAUUUGCUCUUUACUACUGUGAAAUGCAGGGUGAAGGACUUUCCAAUUCCUAUAGAAAUUAAUGUUUAUACAAAUGAUAAUGUAUAUGUCUCCUUCGUGAUCUAUUGUGGUAUGUGCAAAUAUACUGCAGAAGGGGCGGUCAGAGGCUCCGUGGAGGUCAUUCAACUUCUAGUAAACGUGUGUGAUUCCUACAGCCACUGCACCACGUUCUCAACUUUGUUCCUUUUGUUGAGCCAUUGUAUCAGCGAAGUGCAGGAGCUUAAUCCUAAUUUCAGGGCCCUAUUCUGCAAACCCUUGAUUUGAACUGGUAGACCCACUGACAUCAGCCUUGACUUCAGUGGAACUGCUUAUGUGAGUACUGUUAGCACAAAUCCAGGGUAUGUAGAUUGGACCUUAAGUCACCAUUUCACAUAGUGGGGAGGAGAUUAUGUUGGAGAGAGGAGGCUGUUGCCAUUUCUUGCUCACAAAUUCUCCCCUCCUUGUUGAAUCAGCGAAAAUCAAUCUUUUAUUGGCUAACAGCAAAGCAAUCUCUCUCUCAUAUAGCUGUGAGGAGGGGAGAGGUUAAGGUACUGUUUACAUACGUCAAACCACUAAACAUUUCUGCAGCAGCAGUUUACACAGCCCUGAGCCAUCUUUGACGGGAUUCAGUCCAGUCUCAACAAACGCAACACACCAUACCCUGGUGCUGAUGAUAGCCCUACUUAAUUAGGAUUAUAUUUUUUUUUAAAUGCCACUGUUUUCUGAUGGUGAAAGCAAAAACAAAAGAAGUUGAAUGAUCUCUGUGGGGUGAGUGCAAGAUCAGCUGUGAAUUUUCAGUGCUCUGAGCAUCAGCACAAUGGAAGAGAGAAUAUUUUGGACCAAACCUUUCAUAACUUUUUUUUUUAGAUUUAGAUUUAUGCUGAGUAAACAUCUGUGAUCUGUGCAGCUGGCAUUUCCUUCUUGGAAGGCAAGAUGCAGCUCAUGAUAAAUACCACUUGUUUUGUGUGACUUGCUGAUUCGUAUCAUCACUUACCAAUGCACAUUGUAGAGAGAGGAAUGCAUGCUUGCUGAAUGCCCGGGCCACUCUUACGUCAAUUUUCGUUACAUUUGCCACUCAUUGCAGUUGCUUUUAUAGAUGGCGUCUUUGCUUGCAGCCUAGCAUAUAGUCCAGUGAUGCCAAGUCCGUGCAGUACUGAUUAUACAAAGUAAAUCUUUUUUAGCUAUAUAAGCAUUUAUUGUUCAUGUAGCCAAUUGAAAUUCUAAGGAAAACAAACAAUUAGUCCUUCCAGUGUUUUUUAUUUCCUCCCUCUGUGCUGCCCUUAGAAAGUCUUGAAGCCUCCUCUGUUGAGUACCCAGUUUGGGACAGAGUCACUCCAGUAUUGUGGUGUUCUCAAGAAAGUUUUUUGCAUAGUCCUUAGCACAGCUCAGAUUAUAUUUGAAAAGAAAAGAAAAGUCAAACUUUCUUGAUAUUUUGGCAAGUGCUACAACAUUUUAUAAUAGAAAAUCAUAAGAAAAGCUGGCGUCUUGGCAGGAAGAAUUAUUUUUCUAUUAUCAUGCAGAGAUGGGAUUUAGGGAAUGGAUUUAUUUUCAGUUUUAAUUAUUUUUUAAGAACAUGAGUGCUUGAAUUGCUGUAUGUUUUACUUUUUAUUAUUGGAAAAAAUCAUAUGUAAAUAGAAUAAUUCAAAAUAUUAUGAGGGAAAAUUCAGUUUGAUAUUUGUAGCGGAGCUGUAAUGAGCUAGAUGUUCCAUGGAUAUUUGAAACCAGUUUACAGGGAAGAACACACAGGCACACAACCUAACCUUUAAACAUGUUGACCUUUUCUUUCAUUUUGUCACGUACUAUGCCAGCCAUCUGGAUUGAGUUUUUGCUCGCUUUUUAAUUUCAUUUACAUUAAUUAAACUUCCUAGACUUUGGGGUUGGAAGGAGACAAUCUAAUAUAUAUAUUAUACAUAAAAGAUACAAUACAUAAUAUAUAUAUUUAUUAUGCCAUCACGCGCAUAUGUGUGUGGGAGAGAUCUAAUGCACACACAUGCCUUUGUGGGUUUUCUCAGAAAACUGGAACCAAGCUAAGGGCUUUCUUUACUUACGUCUAUAUGUUACAGAGACGAGAGAAAGUAAAUCUUAGCUUUGUGGCCGUUUGCUUGUCUUUCCUUCAUCAAAAAAAUAAUUAAAAAGUUAGAAAUUGUUGAAGAAAGAUAAUGGAAUGUUAAGGAUGAAAAACAAGUGAUUGGCAGACCUGUGCAGAGGGGGAAUGGACAGAUUUCCAGCAUAUCCAAAUUAAAAAAAAAUAAAAAAUAGCUAAGUACAGAAGUUUCUUAGCUAAAGCUCGCUCUAACUAUUCACUGAUUGACUUUUAGAAGCCACUGGUACCUCACUGUUCUGGGUUACUUUAAUGUUAUACUUGUGAGCUGCACAGUGUGACUGUCUGUGAACAGAUUGGUAGAUAAGAUCAUACCCUCUUUGGACAGGACUGGUUAGAUUGUCAGGAAAAGUAACUGACUAUAACUAACUCUGUCCUAUAGUAUUUUCUGGUUUGAAAAUUAAUCAAAUUAAGAGGAUAAAAUGGGGGGGGGCGGGGUUAGGAUUCAUAAUGCGAUAGAGGAGGGGUUGUUUCACCAAUAUGUUGUGGAUUUAAAUCCACCCUCACAUGUUAGCAGCUAAAAAAAUUUACCAGCUGAUUUCUGUUUGAUCUCCUGUAUGAAAUUACUUGGUUGGUCUUCAUCCGUAUCCCAGGGGACAGGUGUCUGCAUUGCAAUAUUCAUCACUACAAUGAACCCACAUUGGCCUUUGUGUUGACACCAACAUAGAAAAACCAAAGAUUUUGAAUGGGCAAAGGAGAGUGAAAUAACUUUUCAGCUCAGAGGUGAAGGACACCUCCCACUGCAAGCAGGAUGGUAUAAUGUACACUACUAUUAUGCUGCUAUGCUGAACCUGUUCUUUGGGUAGACAGAAGGUUUCAUCUUCCAUGACUGUCAGUCAGGCAAGUUUGUUCAGUUUUGUCCCCUCAAUGCAGAUGAUGUCUGGGUUCUAUGGCCCCUCCCUCACCUGAAGAGAUUGGGCUUCUGUUUCUUUGGUCUCUGUCCAACGCUCCCAGUCAUUAGGUAGGCUGACAUAUUUCACCAACAUUAAAUUCAGCUGAAAAAAUGUGGAAGAUUUAAAACACAAAAAGAAACCCAUUUGCUUCUCAAGAUAACCUGUCUGAAAGUAAUUUGUUUCCACAAUGAGUUACUUUAAAAAAAAAAAAAGCUGGUUCUGUACUUAGCUCUUGUAAUCAGUUCUUUUUAAUGACCCUGCUCAGAGGCCUCAUCGAAGCAAAUGGGAGUCAUGCAGUUUGAACCUUUGGCAACUGUUUUAAAAAAUAUACUCCUCCUUGCUCAAAUGGAUUCAACGGCCACCAAACAGACCCAUUGGCUUUUUACUGCUUGAUACGGGUUGUAUCAAAGUGAUCAUUGAUUUCUGUGGUAUUUAGAUUAUACAGGUGAAGGGGUUUGCCUUUGUUUUAGCUUUUCAAGGAAAACUGCAUUGCAAUAUAAAACAUAAUGUAAUUGAUAUAGGUAACAUUUUCAAAACCUUUUAAGUAACAUACUAGCCUAAAGCUAUGUCUACACUUGCCAAUUUUAGCACAAAAAGUCCGGGUUUUGCGCAAAAACCACGGCAGCGUGAUCACUGGAAAUCCACAUUUUGCACUGGAAUGGCUGAGUUUCAGCGCAAAAAUAAAACCACUCCAACAAGAGUCUUUUUGCUUUUUGAGCCGAUGCUUUUGCACUGAUGUGCCAGUGAAGACUCUUGAUUGUUUUUACUGGUCUAAUUGCCCUCCGGAGCUGUCCCACAAUGCAGAGUGGGAGCGCCCACUCUUUGAAACGGAGCAGUCCUGCCUGCAGGUAUACACCUUUAGCUCCGUUCUGUCAGCCUGUCACUACCUGAGACACAAAACAAAUCAUUACUAUGGAAUGUUCCAGCUGCCUCCCACAAUGCGAACAGAGGCAGGCAGACAAAAUGUGCUGUGCAGAGUCAGGGAGGGAGGCAAGGGCUGAGGUCGGGGCCUCCCCCUGCCUCAGGAUUGGUUGCUUCUGGCGGCUAUCUCACACACACACAUUCACCCACCACAAUAAUGAUUUGCUUUGUGUCCCAGGGCAGUGCAUAGCGGGAUAGCUACCACAGUGCGCUCUUCUCAUCUGCCAUGCAAGUGCUGCAUAUGUAAACCCACACUGACGCUUGUGAAAAACAAUGUGAACACAAACCGGCGCUUUUCUUUUAGUGCUUUUCUAUCACCGACACAACUGUCAGCGAAAAAACUCUGCAAGUGUAGACAUAGCCUCAGUUCUAUUUUCACUUGGGCACCUAGUGCCUUUCAGUUAGACGAUGGCCAGGUCCACACCAGAGUGUUUUGCCUGCAUAUUGAUGUCCGUUAGAGGUGUAAAUUUUGCAACAUAGCUAUGCCGGCAAAUGCCUCAAUGUUGAUGCAGUCAUACCAGUAUAAAAUCGCUUUUGCUGGUAUAGCUUAUUUCACUUGCAGAACUGGUAUAAACUAUACCAAUAAAAACACUGAUAAGCUGCAUGUGUAUUGGGAGUGUUUUGUCAGUGUAGCUUUACCAGCAAACCUCUUUAGUGUAAACUAGGCCUUAGGCCCCUAAGUGCCCAAGUUACUUUUGAAAAUGGGUCCCAGGCUCCUAAUAAUGUUACCCUAUCCCUCACUGCAAACAAAAGUACAUUGCUGAUGUUUUUACAAAAUGUCUUAAUGUUAAUUACCGCAUCAAGUUAGAAGUUGCCUUUGUUAAAUGUAAAGAUCAAAACAAAAUUAUGAAAAUGUUGUGAAUUUCUCCCCCUUUUGGGACAACUGGAUUGUUUUUGUCAAAUUUCAAAUUUUUAAAUUAAAAAAGGGAAAAGGGGGAAUGAUAGUUAAUCCUCACUACUUGUCAUUUAUGACAAAGACAUUAAAGGUGUUAUUCAAAAGCAUCAGAAAGCAGCGACUUUCAAAGUUGCUGCUAUAUAUAUUCUAUCCUUUAUUAAUUUUUAAAUGUGUGUUAACAUUUUGGCAAAAAAUACAUAUUACCAUAAUAUCUGUUGAAACAAGACAUCAGUAACAAGUGCUAGAGUGAAAUCGUGUCCCCUUUGAUGUCAGUGGCAGCCAGGAUUUCAGCUUUAGUAUCUAAUAUAGCACAAAUAAAGUAUUUAAUAGAGUUCUGGGGAUGAAGAUCUUAAAAUCACCUCGGUUUAAAUUAAACAGGUAAGGCUAGAGGCCUGGUCUUUUGAUCCGUAAAAGUCAGGUGGGGUCUUUUCAUUGAUUUCAAUGGACUAGGCCUUAAGAGAGUUAAUCUCGAACUCCUGUAAGGCCCAGAUUCGUUAAGGCCCCAAGCUGUGUAAAGCUCAAUUAAAGUUAUUGGUCCUAUUUUUGGAGUAAGGAACUACUCAAUCUGAGUAAGGGUCUCAGAACCUGUCCCUAAUCAGUAGGUAUCAGAGAUUCCUAUUCAACUCUUCUUAGUCAGACAUAACAUUCCCUCCUCAAUGGGAGCUUUCCUGAACCACUAUAGCCACCUGAACCACUAUAACUAAUCACAGCAGUUUUCCUUCAAUAGCUUACUGUAGUUGAGCCAUUAAAGGAGGGAGGGAGAUAUCAAGAGAAAAUAAAAUCUCAGUGUAAAAAUGCCAUUUUGAAAAGCUUUAUUAAUAUUUAUACCAACUAUUUACAAUAUACAGCUACAUUCUUUAACACCUUAACAAGGAUGUCCCAUAAUGCUGUAGUUAUCAGUGUUUAACAGAUAUUAUGCAAAGCUGUUUAAAAGCAUUUAAUGAGAUAUGGAGAGUGUUAAAAGCAAUGUGGGUGCAUGUUUAAUACAUGAAUGAAGGUUAUUUUCAAGCUCACUGUAAAUGCUGUAUAAAGUAAUAAAUAUUAAUAAAGUCUUUAUAAAUGGCACCUCCAUGGAAAAUAUCCAAUAAAAAUUGCUGAUUUAAAUGUCAGAUUCAGUGUUUUAGUUUUGUAGGAUUCAGUAAUUGUAAAAUGGUAUGUUGUUUGGGUGUAACUAUUUAUUUUAAUCUUUACAACCUGGCACAGAAGUUCUGAAAGAUUCACUCAGUGUGUGGCUCUAAUGCAAUCCCUGUUAGCAAGUUCAUUAUGUUCCAUUCUUUGAUAGGUUUGGGUGACAAGCCAUGUAGAGUGGCAAUAUGAUUUUGAAUUAAAUAUCUGUUCUACUUGCUGCUGCUAAGCUCCUUUCUAUGGGAAAGGAUGGACUACAAGCUUGCACUUGAAGCAACCUUUUCAUUUUUGCCAGAAAAGAAGCUAUUAUGUAAAAUAUGCUGUCUUUUCAAAGGUUGCCAGCUCCAUUCUGUGCUACACAGCUACACUAAUCAGUACCACUCUGUCACCUCUCGCCCCUCUGUGAUGGUCAGACUUUAAAUUCAAAAGACAUCAGUGGUGACAGUCACAGAAGAGCAUGCUCAUCUCUGUGUUAAGCUGACCACAAACAUUGCAGUUGUUCUGUGAUAACUAAUCAUAUCAAACGUGCUUCUGCAGUGGUCCUUAAUUUACUAUUUUCUCAGCAUGCUCUCCAUCCACACAAACCUAAUAGCACAGGUAUGGUAAGAUUGCCUUUUCUCCAAUCUUUUUUUGCCCUUUCUUUCUAGGUCACAGGUAGCCUGCAAGCCAAAACUGUCCCGUUGAGUUCUGCAGUGCAGCCAAUAGCAACCUCAGGUUGAAUAGGGAGAUUACAGGUGACAGCUCAGAGCUCUAUCUCGAGCCAACAGCAGGCUAAGUGGCAGCUACUGUACAUGUAUCAGAGGCCACGUCCAGACUACCCGCCGUAUCAGCGGGCUAAAAUC